GGCGGCGGCUGGGCGGGCGGGGGGCGGCUGCGGCCCUCCUCCUACCGGGCCCUGCGCAGCGCCGUCUCCACGCUGGCGCGCAUCGACGACUUCUACUGCGAGAAGAUCGGCGCCGGCUUCUUCUCCGAGGUCUUCAAGGUGAGGCACCGCCAGUCGGGGCAGAUCAUGGUGCUGAAGAUGAACAAGCUGAUGAGUAACCGUGGCAACAUGCUGCGCGAGGUGCAGCUCAUGAACCGCCUCUCCCACCCCAACAUCCUCCGGUUCAUGGGCGUCUGCGUCCACCAAGGCCAGCUUCACGCGCUGACGGAGUACAUCAACGGUGGCAACCUGGAGCAGCUGCUGGACAGCCCCACCCCGCUGCCCUGGCCCGUCCGCGUCAAGCUGGCCCUGGACAUCGCCCGCGGCCUCCGCUACCUGCACAGCAAGGGCAUCUUCCACCGCGACCUCACCUCCAAGAACUGCCUCGUGAGAAGUGAGGACAACGGCUACACGGCCGUUGUGGGAGACUUUGGCCUGGCGGAGAAGAUCCCCACCUACAGUGAUGGGGGCGAGAAGGAGCCUCUGGCCGUUGUCGGCUCUCCGUACUGGAUGGCCCCGGAGGUCCUGCGUGGGGAGCUGUACAACGAGAAGGCUGAUGUCUUUGCCUACGGUAUCAUCCUCUGCGAGACCAUCGCCCGCCUGCCGGCCGACCCGGACUACCUGCCCCGCACUGAGGACUUUGGGCUGGAUGUGGCCGCUUUCUGCAACCUGGUGGGAGCCGACUGCCCUGCAACAUUCCUCCAGCUGGCCUUCCACUGCUGCAGCAUGGAGCCCAGCUCGAGGCCCUCCUUCCUGGAGAUCACGCAGCACCUGGAGGGCAUCUUGAAGCAGCAGCUGGCAGCCAGAGAUGCCCAAGACGCCCUGCAGAGCGACAGGACCAGCACCCCGGGGAGCCCGGCACUCUCCCUCCGUGACAAAGCCACCCAGGACCCCCUGCUGCCCGCCAUGCCACCCAGCCUGCUGGACCAGCCUCCCGUGCCCCCGGACCAGCGCCUCUCGCGCAGCCAGUCGGACAUGGUGCCGCCCAGGGCGCCCCAGGACACCCCGCAGCGAGUCAACCCCUUCUCCCAGCGCCACGACCUCCAGGGUGGCCGCAUCAAGCUCUUUGACACGCCCAGCAAGUCUCUGAUCUCGCUGACCUUCGACCUGCCACCCCCCUCGCCCUUCCCGCCGGGCACACCCGUCACCCCGGAGCCGGCCGUGGAGGCCCACUGCGACUUCUCCGAGCCGGCUGCCCUGGCCCGCAGGUGCCGCUCGCUGCCUGCCUCCCCGGAGAUGCCCCGCCGGGGGGGUCCUCGCCCCCCCCAGCCCCUCCUGUCCCUGGACUGCAGCAGCCUGGAGCGCCCCCUCCGCUCCCCUCCCUCCGGCGAGCUCAUGGACACCAGUCCCGACAGCCCCCCCAGCGCCCUCCCUGCGGAGCCGGCCGCCCCCCUGGCGCCCUCCGUGGCCAACGGCAGCUUCAUCCGCACGGCCGUCUCUGGGAUGCAGCCCUGGCCCUCCAAUGGGCUGCUCUUGAACAACAACAGCAAGCCCCCCAGCUGGGGAGGGGGCUUCUCAGAGCUGAGCGUGCCCCCGCCCGGCUCGGGGCCCCCGCUGGAGCACGCAGGAUCGGCCCUGGCCCUGAGCGGAGGGGGCAGCGUGGGGGUGCUGGAGCAGGAGGAGGUUCUGAGCUGCCCCGCCUGCUGCCUGGGGCCCUUUGGCUUCAGCUUCGCCUCCGUCUGCCACCGGCCCCCCGCCAGCGCCCCCGCCUACCAGAACCUCAACUGCGAAGCCAAGAGCCUGCUGUGCCCGGAGAGGCACCACAAGGGCCCGGUUCUGGCAGAGCCCAGCCUCAAGCUGCCCGAAGCACAGUCCUAAGGCGGGACACACAGAGGCCCCCCCUGAGCCCG